AUGGAUUUUACUGCAUUGGUAUUGGGAACCGUAUGCCUUUUCGGUUUAUCAUCAGCAGACAGCGCGAAGGUUAAAUCAGCAACAUGCACAAUCAACGAACAGAUGAAAUGUACAUGUGAAGAAAAAUAUGUGAAUGACUGUUGUGUUGACCCUUCCUACUCUGGUGUAAGAAACAUUAAAACACGAGAAGGAAAAAUCUUCAGUGCGUACUGUGACCAGGGUUGGACUUACGCUUUUAAACGAUUUGACGGCUCUGAGGAUUUUUACCGCACUUGGGUUGAGUAUCAACAUGGCUUUGGUAAAACAGAAGGUGAACAUUUCAUUGGAUUGGAUAAUCUUGCGAGUUUUGUGAAGGGGCGUAAGUGCAAAGUGCGAUUUGAUUUUGUGACAUGGCCCCCUACAUCUCCGGCUACAGCAUUUGCAGAGUAUUCAAAAUUUCACGUUGCUGAUGAGACACAAAAGUACCGUCUUACAAUUGGUGGCUAUAGUGGGACCGCUGGUGAUUCAAUGAUAACAAGACACAAUGGACAAAGAUUCUCCACCUAUGAUCAAGAUAAUGACAAGUACCCUCUAAAUUGUGCAGCAUUAUUCAAAGGAGCAUGGUGGUACAAGGAAUGUCACCAUGCAAACUUGUUUGGUUUGUACAUGAAAAGACCAGCUUGCCCAAAAUAUGCCGAAUGUCUUACAUGGUACUACUGGCCUUCAACCAUUGGAUCACCUGACAACUAUUACUACUCGUUCAAGGAGGCAUCCAUGAGGAUGCAUUGUUGUUGACAAGUAAGUGCAAGUAUAUAUACACUAUAUGUGACUUUGCGAUAAUGGCGCAUUCUUGGAAAUGCGUUCUGAUGUGUGGUCAUGUCCAUUUAUAUGGAUUACAUUUUAAUCAAUAAAAUAAAUGGACAACUCUAAAAAUAUGACCUUAGACAAUUUUAUUUUAUUAUA